CCUAAUUGUAAUUUUCCAUUGGCUACUACUGGUAAGACACCCGUCACCUCCCUGUAUCCACGAGACAGGAAGUGUCGAUGAGCAUAGAAUAUAGAAAAAGUGGCAAAGCAACGUAGGUCUAAAGUAAAUAUCAAAGAUCAGAAAACCCAGCGUUCUAUCAUCGGAGUAUGGUGCCAAUGACUAUAGACUAUAAUGUUGGAUUGUAGCCUACAUGAUUCUGUACAAUAAACAAUGUUGCAAAAAAAUGCAUGUUUGUGCUACACUGUGUCCAAUGAUAUCUGCCGCCAGGGGGACUCGACCCGUGCUGAACAUACUUCCCAAAUUCCAACGAGAACCUGGAGGUGAGUCAGAGUCAGUAGUCCGCCUAAAAAACAAAAUAAUUUACAGACUACGUUUUCCCCCGCUCACUUCCGUAGAUCGAGUCUAUUUAGUGUAAGCAAAUACGGUGAGUGUUUUAGAAAGAUUAGGGUUAAUUUAUGUGAAAUCCUCAAAUCUAGAAACUAAAAGUCAAAGCAUUGUUUUUAUUGACUGAAAGACGGUUACUGCUCCGUGACGAAAGAACUCCAUCCCGUCCCGUUACAAGGUCUCUCUGAUCACUGUUAUCUUGGCCUAAUGUCUGUCCGAGUGCCAUCCAUGAGUGUGCUGCCUCCUGUUCGAAGGGACCGCAUCAUUGCCCAGCUUCCUCAGUUUUACAGUAAGAAGGCUGCUGUGCACACUAAAGAUGAGUUCAACUCCAAAGUGAAGACUGCCUGCCAGGAGCAACGCACUGGCACAGUAGGUAGGUUUAGAAUUGCUAAGGUCAUAGUGGUUGGUGACCUGGCUGUGGGAAAAACAUGUCUGAUUAAUAGGUUUUGCAAGGAUGCAUUUGACAAGAACUACAAGGCGACUAUUGGCGUUGACUUUGAGAUGGAGCGGUUUGAAGUGUUGGGGGUGCCUUUCAGCUUACAGUUGUGGGACACUGCGGGGCAGGAGAGGUUCAAGUGUAUUGCUUCCACAUACUACAGGGGAGCUCAGACUAUUGUUAUUGUGUUCGAUGUAAAUGAUGUGGCAUCUUUGGGCCAUGCAAGGCAGUGGCUUGAAGAUGCCUUGAAGGAGAAUGAUCCUACCAAUGUCCAGCUUUUCCUGGUGGGCACAAAGAAAGACCUAAGUUCUCCUGCUCAGUACUCUCAGAUUGAACAGGAUGCCAUCGAACUGGCUGAGGAAAUCAAAGCAGAAUAUUGGGCCUUGUCAUCAUUGACUGGGGAAAAUGUGAGGGAGUUUUUCUUCCGUAUUGCAUCAUUGGCAUUUGAGGCCAACGUUCUGGCAGAGCUAGAGAAGAGUGGAUCAAGGCACAUUGGGGACGUUAUCAAAAUUAACAGUAAUUCAAACAACGUGUAUGCAACAUCAAAGAAGAAACAGUCAAACUGUUGUCAAUGAAGACAAACACGUGACUACUACAGUAAAAAGGUACCAAAGCAAAAAGCAUAAUUUCCUCAGAAGAGAAACUGAGAACCACGGACCACUCCCAGACACAUGGAAUUUGCAGUGAGAGCUAGCAGACAGGACAGAGACUAGUGCCUUCACAGGCAUUUGAUUUUUAUUUCUGCUGGCCCGGAAAGAACAGCUCCUUGGUUGGAUGUGGAUUCCUGUGGUGCUUGGCUUAUUUUUGCCUAUCUAUAGUUUCGGAAUAUAAUUUCCUCUGUCAUUGCACUCCAUACUGUACAAUUCCAGUUUUUGAGUGUUGACAGAUUAUCGCGUUACUGCUUAAAUGGCUAUGGGGUAUGGACAAUCAUGGAUGUCUUAAAAUACCCAAUAUGGAUAUUUUUAAGACACUCCACCAUUAGGCCUAUUAGAUUUUUUACAGUGUUGUUUUGUGUAGUGUUGUUUGCAUGCUAUAUGUUUUUUGCACAAUUUGUAACUAUAGCAUAGAUGGAAACUCGUGACUCCAUCCUGGGAGGUUAUAUUAUGCUAGCUAAGGAGUAUGAUUGCAUUGUUUGGAUAGUCCUAUUUUUAACAGCACAGAUGCGUUCAUACAGUGUGAGAGAUGUGUAUUAGUCAGAUGUACCUCGUCUACAUUAGAUAGAGACAAUAAUAUAACUGAGAAUGAUUCAUUUUGAAUUAUAUGCGAUAUUUGAAUGACUGAUCUUAUAUUAUCCUUCUAGUUGAAUAUCAGAAUCAGAGUGAAAUGUGCAUGCAUACGUAUGUCUAGUCCUUUUAGACAAGAAAUAUUAUUUAAUUUUUUUUUCUAAUAUGUUUAAUUGCAGAUGUAAGUUUUGACUCUAUAAAUAUAUACUGUAUAUUCAAAACUACUACACUUAGCUCAAAAUAUAGAUAUAAGCUUUAAAAUCACUGCUCUGUAUCAAAUCAAACUGCUGUUUACCGGUAAUUAGACUAAUUCAAAGUUAUUAUUAAAAGUUCCAUAUAGGAUGAGUCACUAAUCUGUUAUUCAAUUAUGUUUUAUAACGGUUUGUCAUAUUAGCCAAGACCUCUUAAUUUGAAACAAUAAUACAUAUAGUUGCUAGUGAAAGUCUACACACCCAUUGCACAAUCUUCACAUUUUGCUUCCUUAAAAUUAAUACAAAACAUUUAUUCAAUUAAAUAUUUUUUCCUGUCAAUCUACACGACCUACUCCACAUUUUCAAAGAUAUUUUUGUUGUUGUUUCUAAAUGACUUAAGAAAUACAAAAUUAGGAUUGUUGUUUUUGUUGUAUUUAACCUUUAUUUAACUAGGCAAGUCAGUUAAGAACAAAUUCUUAUUACGGGGGCUGGGAUUAAAAAAAUAUAUUUAAAAAAAUAGGUAUAUAUAUAUAUAUAUAUAUGACAAAACACACAUCACAACAAGAGAGACAACACAACACUACAUAUAGAGAGACCUAAGACAACAACAUAGCAUGGCAGCAACACAUGACAACACAGCAUGGUAGCAACACAACAUGACAACAACAUGGCAGCAGCACAACAUGGUAGCAGCACAAAACAUGGUACAAACAUUAUUGUUGCAGCUCGUUCCAGUCACUAGCUGCAGUGAACUGAAAAGACAAGCGACCCAGGGAUGUGUGUGCUUUGGGGACCUUUUGUAAUGUCUGCUUCCAUCUCACACUCUCAAACACAUAGAUCCCCUGAACACAGCUCACUUUCCAGCUCACACUCUCAAACACAUAGAUCCCCUGAACGUAGCUCAGUCUCCAGAUCCCAAUCACCUGAAUUCUGAUCACCUGUUCACACACCUGUAUGUCAUUAUCACACACUAUUUAGUUCAGUUCAUUGCACCCCAUCAUUGUGAGAUAUUGUUUAUUUUUGUCCACAUUCUAGUCGGAGCGCUGUUUAUGUCCAUAUUAGUCCUCCCGUGUGUUGUAGUUUUUGGCUGUCCUCACUAAAAACGUUUUUUUGCCUAUUCCCUGCCUAUACUUUUGCCUAUCAGAUUUCCUGUCAUCAACCUCUUGCCUGAUUUCCCAGACUAUGUUAUUAGCCUUUCCCCCUGCCUGUACUGUUACCUUUUUGGAUUCCCUGUGUUUGACCUUCUGCCUGUCCCUGGAUCAUGAUACCUGCCUUCUCCUGUCGUCCUUUAUUAAAUAAAGACCUGCUGUGCCCUGCGCUUGAAACCAGCACUCUGUCUCCCAUCAUACUCAUUACACCUUUAACAGAAUGUGACUGACAGAACGGGUGUUGUAUGUGGAGGAAGAGGGCUGCAGUAGAUAUCACAGAUAGGAGGGAGUGAGGCCUAAGAGGGUUUAUAAAUAAGCAUCAACCAGUGGUCUUGCAACGGGUAUGACCAGUUUACAGAGGAGUUUAGAGUGCAGUGAUGUGUCCUAUAAGGAGCAUUGGUGGCAAAUCUGCAUUGAUUGCAUACUGUAUGUUAAUAAACUCAGUAAAAAGAAACGUC